AAUAAACAUAGUCUUUAAAUCCGCCAAAAUCUCACCAAAGCAAAGAAAAAACAAUAAACGGACACCCCCACUGGAGAUAUGGCUGAGGAAUGCAGUUCCACCUCGCCUACACUGCACAAUUGGUGGGAUCUCCACCACGCAAGCUCUCUUUCUUCAUGGACUACAAACCCUAGUUCUUGGCAUCAUCAUCAAAACCCUAAUUCCAAUACUCGUAACUGUGAUCAGGAUGAUGUACUUUCCAUCUCUACUUCCUUGACUAAUGCUUCCAUUCAUUCAGUGUUAACUAGCGUUGAUGAGUUGUCCGGGGGCGGUAGCGGCACUAGGCGUCAACUUGUUGAACAACCAACUGUGGAUCCUGAUCCGUCCAAUGAAUUGAUUAAUGGAGAGCAUGGUUCCGAUAAUCAUCUUUGGAGCCAUGUUUUAUCAAAUGUUGGGAGCAACGGCGCAGAUAUAGGAAACAACCUAUUAGAGGCAAUAUCGUCAAAGAGUAACUCAUCAGCAGCUGGAAUAUUUGAACCUGCUUGUGACUACUUAAAGAAAAUAGAUGGCAAUUGGGAAUUCUCAAACUCCUCAGUUUUCAACAAUUUUAUCAAAAACAUGAACGAGGGGUUCGAUUCCAGUAGCACUGAUAAUAAUCAACAAAGCUCAAGCGAAAGUGAAAGGUUAACCAAGUUGUCCAACAUGGUCAGCCACUGGUCCAUAGCACCACCAGACCCUCAAGUCAACCCCCCACAGUUUAUUAAUCCAAAAUCAUCAUCCCAAGAUCCGACCUCUUUGCAGCCGCCUGCUGCCUUUUGUGGAAUGGCAACGGUCAAAAACCCAAUUUUUCUAUCAUGUUAUGGAAAUGGUAAUCAUCAUCAUGAUGUGAAAAUGGAGACCCAAACUCUAGAUAUGGAAGCUCCAAGUUCCUAUUUUCGAAGGGCUUUCAAGGCUGGUAACAAUAGCAAUGGGUAUCAUAUUCACAACAGCCCUAUUAACAGUUCAAUAUCAACGGAAGCUGACAACUUUUAUGGAUCCAUGUCUCAUUUUCCAUGCACAAGUAACAUUACUUAUUGCAGAUUAAGCAAGCCUUUGAUUGACAUCCAUGCAUCAUCAAAGCCCAGUUUUAUUAGUCCCUUGAAUUUAUCAGAUUGCAAGAAACAAGGGCUCCAAGCUGCAAAUUCUCUGCAGACAAGGACCAGAAACGGUAGAACACAAGGGAUUGCAAACGAGGGAAAAAAGAAAAGAGGUGAAGAAACGUCCGACAGUACUACAGUGUUGAAAAAGCCUAAGCUGGAAAAUUCUGCAUCUUCAUCUGUAAAGAUGCACGCCCCAAAAGUGAAGCUAGGAGACAGGAUAACAGCACUUCAACAAAUUGUGUCGCCAUUUGGAAAGACUGAUACGGCCUCUGUUUUACUAGAAGCAAUUGGAUACAUCAACUUUCUACAAGAACAAGUGCAGUUACUGAGUAAUCCUUACAUGAAGCCCAACUCUCAUAAGGAUCCAUGGGGCAGCUUGGAUAUAAAAGAGCAGAAAGGAGAUAUUAAGGUUGAUCUAAGGAGCAGAGGUUUAUGUUUAGUUCCAAUAUCUUGUACCCCAAAAGUUUACCAUGAAAACACUGCUUCAGAUUACUGGAGCCCAACAUAUAGAGGAUGUUUGUAUAGAUGAAGAAUUAAAUCUCAUGCUCGCUUUGACACGCACACACACACGUACGUAUAUUUAUAUGUAUGUAUUACUUUUAAGGAAAGCAAUUGGAAUCAUUUUGUAGUCAAA